GUGAAAACUCACUGUGUCCACACACACCUUCGAAAUCAGAAGAAAAAAGAAAAAAAACAAGCCAGGUUUGGGAUUCUAGGGUUUAACGCCGCCAUGGAAAAAAGGCAGAAGCAAGUAGUUCCCAGCCCAAGCAAGUCCCCAGCAAGAGAAUACAAGAAGGAGAUCCCAGCUGAUAUCUUGAUCGACAUAGUCUCAAGGUUGCCAUUGAAAGACGUCGCAAGGUGUCGUUGUGUGUCGAAGCUCUGGUCUUGCAUGCUUCGUCGUCGAGACUUCACCCAACUGUACCUGAAAGUGUCAUCGGUUCGUCCGCGUAUCUUAUUCACCUUCCUAUACAAGGGUAAGCGGAUCUUGUACUCCUUGCCUCAGGAUCUAGAUCCAGACCAAGACUACCCCAUUGUAUAUCCCCAUUACCAGAUGCAAUUCCCUAAAGGUUUGGGUUCUUCAGAUGAGGUGUGUCCAUCUAUACUUGGUUUCAUCUGUACCAAAUCUAGGAAGCCGAUGAUCUGUAACCCUAGCACAGGACAGUACAUAUCUUUACCCGUAACGACAACCAAGAGGAAACAGAUGAGUAGACCCUAUUUCGGGUAUGAUCCUAUCGGCAAAGUCUUCAAGGUAUUGAGUGUGUCUGAUGAUUAUGUGUGUCGAGUUUCAACAUUAGGAACAGGAGUAGUGACCUGGAAAAGGGUCGAAUGUUCGAUACCCCAUCAACCGUUACAUACUGAGGUAUGCAUUCAUGGGGUGUUAUAUUAUUUAGCUAAGCGCAUGGGCCGUGGAACUCCACCAGGUUAUAUGGUCGUAUGCUUUGAUGUUGAAUCGGAGAGGUUCAAGUUUCUAGAUGUUGAGUUACCAAUUUUGGGUUCAGCUCUCAUAAACUACAAAGGUAACUUGGGCAUAUUGUUGCCAGAUUCGGGUAUUAUAUAUGAAGGCACAGAAAGUUUUGAGCUGCGGGUUCUAGAGGAUACUGAUUAUGAGGUCAAAUGGUCGAACAAUGUCUACAUAUUGCCAUUUUAUUGGAAGUAUGCAGUUUCACAUUCCUUCCUAUACAUUGCCGGGAUGACUAGUGCAGGUGAAAUUGUGUUGUCGACAAGCUUUCUAGUGGAGCCUUUCGAGGUGAUCUACUACAAUAUUGUGGAGAAUACCGUGGUAAGAAUGGAAAUCAGUUUCGGAUUUGUAGAUAAGAAGGCUCCCCCCCGCUCAAGGGUUUUGACUUUGGUAAACCAUGUAGAGAAUGUGGAGCUUAUGGAUUAGGAGUUUAUAACAUAUAGCUCCGAUCCCCUUCUAUAUAAGUUUGUGCUCUUAGUAGAUACACCCUUAUUGUUGUAUCCAUCUUGUAUCAAUGUUUGUUGAAACUUGUAAGCUUAUGUUUUAGCUAUUAUAUUUGAACUUUUUCUCUU